GAGGCACACAAUGCAGUUUGACUGGAGCCUCAUCCACCCAGCACUCAGCUCACUGCCAGCGUCUCACAUAACAUAAAAUACACACACGGCUGAUUUUGACGAUCGGUGUUCAGUUCAACGUUUUAUGAAUUCCUUUGAAGUCUACAUGCGAGAGAGAGCCAUAUCUGAGUUACGGGAGCAGGUUGAUCGGUGAAGUUUCCCGGACUGAGUGGAUUAGACAGUGGGCCGCGGGAGGAGAAGGAGGAGGCGGCCGGCCUGCUUUAGAGGCGCUGCUGCUCAACCUGCAUGUGCGUGUAACUAGAGCCCGGGGCUGCGCGGCCUUCGCUACUGUCGUCUAAUGGAGCCCGAGCAGAAAGAAGGAGAAACCAAUCACACAUAUCGGACAGAUUCAAUCGAUAAAACUCAAAAUGUCUUGACACGAAGACAAUAACACCAAAGGAAAUAACCUAAAGUGUUCUGCAGCCAGGUUUUAUGGAAAACACAUCCACAAUUCAACACUCAUCUGGCAGCAGUGUUCUGAUGCCACAUCAUCUUCAAUGGCCACACAUUUCUAAGCAGAAAUUUUAACUCCACUUUCAACUGGGGUACCUACAUCACUGCAGGAAGUGUUGGUUUCUCUCAGCAAACGUAAGGUCCCUCAGAGGGCCAAGGUUUUAGUGCCUUUUGUACGGGACCGUGUGCGGCAGGCUUCGACAUGGAUGGUCCGAGUCGAAGCGGAGGGUUAAGGCAGAGCCGGCGCUCCCGUUCUCAGCGUGACCGAGAGCGGCGCAGGAGAGCAGACCUUGGGGCCUCAUCUCCAUCCUCAGGCUCGGACCAGGAGCUUGGUAGAGGAGACUCUUUUCUUGGUGCUAAUGGUGGAGAAGGUCGGCCUGUCUUUCCUGGUGCCCGGCACCGACCUCCACGCCGGAGGAAGAGAGAAUCAGUGUCGUGUGAGGAAGAUAUCAUCGAUGGAUUUGCCAUAGCCAGCUUCAUUAGCUUGGAGGCCCUGGAGAUGGACUGUUCUCUAAAGCUGCCGGAGAGAGCUGGUAUGUUUUUGGGGAGAGGAAGCAAAAGAAAGAGGGGACUGGAUGAGAACGGAGGGCCUCUGUCCGAGCCAGAAGAAGGAGCUCCAGCUACUUAUACCAACAGUAGUAGCAGGAAUGACAAGAAAAAGAGAGACGCUAAGGUUUCAGGAAAUCUCAUGGAGACAGGUUACAUUUGUGAUGCUGAGAGUGAGUCGGGAGAUAAGGCCUCAGACAAUGACAUGGAGCCUACGUUCAUCGUUAGCACCAGGGAAGUUUUGUCUAACCCAGUGAGUUUGGCCUCUACUGUGAGCAAUGGCUGCACACUGUUGCCAUCAAACAGUGGGCCAUGCCGUCUGGCUGUGACCCCCAGAGUCUCUGGCUUGCAGCGCAGUCAGGAGAGGAGCCUGGAGUUGCCUUACCCCGAACCCACCUCUACCUCGUCCUCUCUCCUGUUGCCCCGCUCUUCUGCCUCAGUCUCCACCUCACUGGUCGAGCAAAACGGGAAUGGCUCGCUGCACCAUCGCCUUGACAGCCCCCCACAACACAAACCGAAGUCUUUCCUCUCCUUCCCUGGCCGUACUCAAACCGUCUAUGGCAUGGGACUCAACAACAGGAACAGUACCUCAGUUAAGCCUCCGUCUUCGUCUGCAUCUUCCUCGUCGAUUCGACCACCCACUCCUUCUACUAGUGUGUCUGCAAGCCAUGGCCCGUCUGGAGCAGGGGUGCUGCGGCCCUCUUCCCGCCCGAGCCCCGGUGCUCUCUUUACUCCUCCACCUGGCCUUCCUCCACCUCCUCCUCUCAUGCAGGCUUCCCCUCGCUCUGCAGAUCAGGCGCUGAACCCACACUUUCAAAGUGCCGAUCGGGACGGCAGAACCUCUGGGAGCAGUGCCGGAGUUAGUGCUAGCUCAGCGUCAGCUGGUGCCACUGUUUCCUCCUCCAGCUCUGGAAGUUCCAGCAGGGCAGUGCAAGCCCAAACCAACAUGCCGCCGAUGGCCUACCAGUUUCAUCAGCACAACCAUCAGCACCAGCACACUCACACGCACCAACACUUCCUGCACCCACCGGCUCCAGCUCCCCCAAUGUUUGAGAAAUAUACAGGCAAGAUAGAUGGACUCUUCCGACACUCAUUCUUUCCUCAGUAUCCUCCGCCUGUGGCUGGAAUUCAACCUGUACUUCCACCUACUGGACCAUUUAGUUCCAUGCAAGGAGCCUUUCAACCCAAGCUUGUUGCCCUUCAGGGACCUGCUCCAGAUAUGACAGCACGUCUGGGAGUUGUACCUCCCCACUUGCAACCUAAAGACCCUAGGAUAACGGACCCAUUCGCCCCAUCACUAAAAGUUAGUAAUAAACCUGGAAAGUGGUGUGCUAUGCAUGUGCGUGUGGCCUGGAUGAUUUUAAGGCACCAGGAGAAAGUUAAGUUAAUGCAAGCCGAUCCUCAAAAGCUGGACUUCCGUAACGACCUGAUGCCACGCCUUCCUGGGCCUGGUGGUAUGGGAGGAAUAGGUGGCCUCGCAGGACUUGGGGGUCCUCUGCCCCCAACCCACGAUCUCACCAGACCUGGCAGCCUCUUUGCAGCUGCUAGUGGAGUCAAUCCGUCCUCCACUUCCUUCAUUCCUCCAUCAACGCCCCACUCCUCUUUCCUCACCCCAGCAACACAUCUGGAUCAAUAUGGCCGCUCACCUCCCUUCCCACCUUUGGGAGCCUUAGGCACAGGUGCCUUCGGGGGACUUGGUAGCCCUUCGCUGGGUGCUAGUUCUGUGUUUGGCCACAAGGCUGAAUCCUCUACGAAUGCAGUAGGUCCAUUAGGGAACCCACAUGAUCCAUGGAAUCGCUUGCAUGUUGCCCCUCCUCCUUUCCCCUCAGGGCCCUCAUGGGCCAAAGGACUAGAGAAAAGGGAUGAACGUGAUCGAAUGAAAGAGAUGGAGAGAAGAGAAUUAACCCACAUAAAAGAUGAAAAAGACAGGGACAGUCUACUGUAUGGUCGUCAGCCUGUGCGAAUGUCUCCCAGUGCUCUAAAGCAUCGCAGCAACACACCCAGUUCCCACAUGAAUGGUCUGGGCCCCUUGAGUGGGGUGGCUGGUCAGUCUGAUGGGCAAAACAGAGAGCGGGAAAGGGAACGUGAUCGCGAAAGAGAGCGGGAACGUGAGUCAGAGAAGAGGCAACAUUCCGGUUUAUCUUCCAGGGCGCCAGCAUCAACCUCCUCCGCACCAGACAGACCUCGUUCAUCCACGUCAUCUGUCCUUGCAACUCCUCCUCCAAGAGCCCCCUCAGCAUCCUCUCCUCUGGACUUGUUUGCCAGACAGCCACAUGGGCUCAGCUCAGAAAACCCCCAUUCAACCCAAAGAGAGAGCAGUGGUCCAAGUUCCUCCUCAUCUUCUGUCAAUUCACUCUCAGUCAAGAAGCCUGAUCGGACCACGACUCCAGUCUCAAAGCAAACUAGUCUCCUUCCCGGGGUGCUUAAUCCAUCUGUAAAGGUUAAAGAAGAGAGAAAGGAGGAGCCUGAGCCAGUGCCCAUUUCUCUACCACACCCAGCCAUGCCUCCUCAUAGCUUUGAGCCGCCCAACAGUCGCCACACACACCAUCCUUCAACCCCUUCUUCAACUCUUUCAUUGACGCCAACAUCUGUGCCUCUUCAUCCUCCUACUCCACACCCACCCCACCACCAUUUUUCUCUCCUGGAUCGCUCCCGUAUUGAUGCUUAUCUUGGUGCAGCUGGUAGUUCAGCCGGACUGGUUGUAGGAGGGCCAGGGGAUAGAUUUGUGGCCCAUCCACACACACCACCGCAAGGUCACGCCCAGCCUCCUCACAGCUUCCCCUGGGAUCCCUGGAGGGAACUUGCUGCCCAGCAGCAGCAACAUCAGCAACACAGGGAGGUCAUGGCACUGCGGCAAGAUCCCCAUCUUGCGCUGCGUUCAGAUCCGCACUUGUCCCGUCUACUUCAACAUCAGCAUGCCCGAUACCUAGAGAGGGUUGCAGCGGUUGCAGUGGGUCCCCAUCAUCCAGGGGCACCUACCUCCACUUCUUCAGCUUCCGCCUCAGCAACUCGUCCAGAGUUUGGCCUAAUGUCUCAUCCGUUCGACCGCCCCCCUCAAAUCGGUGCUCCUGGAGGUGGGUUGUUGGAUGAUGUGCGAUAUUUUGGUGCAAUGCAUCCACACCUGUCUACACCACACCUGCCUAGCCCAUCUCAUGCAGCCCACUUAGAGCAGCUGCAUGCGGGCUUACUGUCUCACUCUCAGCUCCAUCCACAUGGAGGCUCCGCUGGUUCUCCACAUCACCCAGGCCUCUAUUCCCGCUUUGGCCAUUUGCAUCCACAUCCACAUUCUCAUGUUCACAAUGGAAUUCUUACUAAGACACCCAGUUUAGUUGGGCCCUUGUCAGUAGGUGCACCUCCUCCACUAAUUCCAUCUGCGACUAGGUCCGCCACUCCACCUCGUAGUUCCAGGCUUGGUGGUGCUGGAGAUUUGGCCCUAUUUAGCACACAUAAGGAUGGAGAAUCCAGAUAGUACAAGGCAAGGCUGAAGUAGUUUAAAGGUUAACUGCUCUUCCUAGAAAUGGGACGGUUAGGCAGGGCAUGCAUCCUGCUAAAGCUACAGUGAAUCUUACAUGAGCGUUCAAACGACCAGAGUGGAGGGCAAAGACUUCACAGGGCUGCUCAGUAUAUUUAUCCACUGUGGUUAUAUUGGUGCAAUUUAAGGUACUUUUACCCUUCUGUACUUUUGAUAUAUAUUUAGAAUGAUCUCAAAGAUGCCUGUGGAUGUUUAAAGAAUUAAGGCUAUGUUCUGUCAUGUGAAGAGAUACACAUGAAAGCCCUGCAGAUCUGCCUCCAGGCUGAUGGAUUCGAAAUUGUAUUUAGAGAAAAAGAUUGCAUUACCAGUUGACAUAUCUAUAAAGCCUCUAUGAACUCAUGGCUGUAAAAUUCCUGCUAUGAAGUUGGAGGUCUACAUAUGAAGAAGUGACAAGGUCCAAGAAUGUCUCGAGUAGUGCGUUGCUGUUUGUCUAGUGCUCUGUUCUGUCUGUGAACUAGACUAAAGAAACAGCACUGAUGGAAAAUGAACUUAACACAUCAACUUUCUGCGCUUAAAUCAGUCUACAGCAAGUCAGUCAUCAGAGGCACAACUUCCAUGAACGUUCAGAGAAACGUUUGCAAAUUUAUUUUAUUUUAAUCUUUAAAAAAAAUAUUAUUAACUGUACAUCUUGUUUGAUAUUUUAAGAUUUAAACGGAAAAAAAACUUCCCAUUUUCCUACACUCUGACUCAAUACAUGAGCUGGAACAGAAUACAGUAGAAUAGUGAUAUUGCUUUUGUAAUUAUUAUUGUUAACGUUAUUUACCUUAUAUAAUAAACAUAUUCACUGUU